AUGACUGAUGUAGAUAAAAUGGACUCACUCAAAGAUCUUAUAAGGAAGAUUAAACCAACUCGUGUACUUAUUCAAGAAACACACAUGAUGAAGAUUAAUAACCGGUGGAUCACAAAUUUAUGGGGCAAUAAUAAUUGUCAAUGGAAAGACACUCCCUCUCAAGGUUUGUCUGGUGGCUUAUUAACUAUAUGGGAUGACACUUUAUUAGAGAAAAAAAAUGAAUUAAUUGGUCCAAAUACUCUUUCUCACAUCUUCAAAUCUAAGACUGAAGAUUUUGAGUGGACAGUUACUAAUGUGAUUUUAAUGCAACCAGAAGACGAUGUGAAAGGAACAAACCUGGAGGUAAUGGAAGAGGAAGAAGAUUUUUCAAUAAAACUUAUAGAUUUACCACUCAAUGGAGGUCUCUACACUUGGAGCAAUAUGCAGUCUGAUCUACUGCUUUGUAGAUUAGACAGAGUUUUAGUAUCUCCUGAAUUUGAAAGUAAAUUCUCAUUGUUAACACAAACAGUGCUCUCUAGAACUCUAUCUGAUCACUCUGCAUUGCUUCUCACAACUUCAAAUGUGGAUAGGAAGAAUCCUCCUUUCAGAAUUGAAAAUCAUUGGUUCUCUAAUGCUGACUUCUUAGCUAAUGUGAAGUUAUGGUGGGAUACAAUGAUAUUUCAUGGUACUCCUAGUUAUAUCAUGUCCAAAAAGCUCUAG